AUGCGCAAUAUGGCUUCAGUAAAGCACGAACUUUCACCCAAACUCAAGUCAAAUAAAAGUUCUCCUGUGUUAUCCAAACUACCCGCUUCUUACUCUGUUGAGAGCAAACGUCGUUCAUCUAGUCGGGAACAUAGCUCUUCCAGGAGACGACACAAGAAAAGGCAUUCAUCUAGAUCCAGCCGUAGGAGUUCAAGCAGACACCAUAGAAGUUCUUCAAAGCGCAAACGUUCUCAUCAUUCAAAACAUAAACAUUCGUCUAAAAAACAUCAUCGCGACUCCCACUAUCGAGAUCGUCGUAGCCGUCAUCGCCACAAGCACCGUCGCCAUAGUUCAACGUCAACCUCCAGUUCAUCCAGUGAUUCUAGUUACGACAGCAGGUCGCGUCACCGAAGUAGUCCAGAUGGUAAACGAAUCACUCAAGCCUCUACAACAAUUCCGAAAGAUUCUAAUUCUCGGCCCAGAACAGAAAACCACGUCGUCACUUCAACAGCGCCAGUCAUCUCGACCACGAAAGUCGCGGACGUAGCUAACUCGCCUGCGAUUCCUAGUCAAGGUGUCUCCACAAAUACUACCCUUCAAAAGCUGACAGCACAAGAUAUUCUGGAUAAAAUUCAAAAGCAUCAACAGCAGCAGGCUAAAGCCCAAGCAUUAGCUGCGGCAGCGGCUGCUAAUCUUCCGAAAUACUAUAAUCCUACGACGGUUAAUGCUGUUAAGCUGGCUGAGCAACAAAAAAAGCGUAAAUUGUUAUGGUCAAAAAAAGACAAUGAUAACACAAACUCUGACAGCAAGACUUUGUGGGCAACCACAUCUUUAAUUGCUGGGAAAGGUGAUUCUGCCGCUGCAGCUAAAUUCCGAAAAUUAAUGGGCAUUCACGACACUACCGAAGAAACUGUGGAUGGAAAUACGUUACAAGCAGAUGAAACUGAAGCUAUAAAGCGUGCUGAAGCUCAGGCAGAACUAUUCAGGCGCCUAGAGCAUGAAUACGAAAUGUCUCGUACUAUAACUCACACACAACGGGGUGCUGGUCUCGGUUUUAGUUCCGCUAGUCAUGUCGACUAUAGUGCAUAUGCUGCAAUGCAACCUGACAAAGAUAAAAACCCUAACUUUUAA